AAGAACCGCCAAGCUAUCAAGAACGUUCUGACGGUCGUUAGGUCACACUUUUCGGCGACGUUCUUGUUUCAAACAUUAUGUUUGUCGCGCCCGUCUCGCCAAGCAUAGUACCAACCCGAAGCCUCGAAGGCGUUUUUGUUGUUGCUCCAUUCGUGUGAAUGAGUAAGUGGUUGUUUCUGUGCUCAUCUAGCUGUGUAUGUCGACCGUAGUUUCAUACGGAUUCGUUUUCGAAAACCCUGGGUUGGUUUGGCAUAUUUGGAUUUAUACUCUAUAUAGAGACCGUCAGGCACAGAUGUCCGUCCGCCAGUUUGUUGAGUCUUGUAUUCCCCUUCACACACAGAGGUUCAGUUUAAGUGGUAUAAAAAAUAAAGUACCACAGCAACAACAACAACAAGAACGGGGCAACAUUUACUGCCUUGCCUGCUUUUCUCGGUGGUUUCAGCUGGCUGGCUGGUGUGUGGUGCCACAGCAAUCCAUAUAACACAGCAGGCAGGCAGCUAUAGUUUGUUUGGUUUUCAGCUUGAAUGUACGAGUCGUUGAAAAUCGUGUGUUUGGGUCUUUGGCUUGUCUCAUUCUGUUGUGAGCAGUCGUUGGGAACGUUACGAUAUCGGAUGUGCGAAAUAUAAAGAAUUAUUCGUGCUGUAGUAUAUUUGAGAAAUAUAUGCGGUAUAUAACAACAACAACACAAGUGGAAUUAUACAAAAGAAGAAAAUAUCGGUUCACAUAAAGACCCCGCAUUUCAGAGACUUUCGCUCAGUACUUGACAUAACGGGGACUCUCAACGGCACCAACACACAACACUUUGGAUAUCGAGUGCAACAAUAAAAAUAAUAACAACAACACAUACAUGUGAAAGCAGACAAUGAUUCAUUUGAAUGAGAGGGAAAUGCUCAAAUAAAGGCAAAGCAAGAACAGCAACCCCCCUCCCCCUCAAGUAUAGUGUGUUUAUAUGAAUAAACAAAUGCAAACGUGCAUGUGACUGAACUGAAUUGAAUUGUGAGUGAGUAAAUGUGUGUGUGUAUAAAUCAGCAAAUAAACAAUAACAACAACCAUACAAAACCCAUAUAAACAAACGGGGUCUUGAGAUUUUGUGCACGUGUGUGUGGAGCAGUUUUUGCAUACAUUAAAAAAUUUUUAAAGAUACGCUCAUCCUCUCCUUGGUAAACAACAAAUUAACCCGCUAUAAUACAAAGCGGUUUAUCGUUGGGAGAAGAAGCAAAGCGUUUUAUUUAGCCAUUUCCUCUAAAAGGUUGGGUGCAGCUGCGGUGAAAAUUUGCGACUAAAAGAGAAAUAAAGAGGAGUAAUACAAUGCCGGCCAUUCGCAAAUGUUGCAUUGUGGGAUGCAUGUCCAAUUCCAGACUUCAGCCAAAUCUUCAAUUUUUUCAAUUCCCCAGACAAGAUAAUCCUUAUUACAAGCAAUGGGCACAGUCCUGCCAAGCUUCCAUGAGUCGCAUACUGCCGUUUAAGAAACCAGUCGUGUGUGCUAUACAUUUUUUACCUCAAUACGUAGGUGGUAGAAGACUCACAAGUAAUGCUGUGCCCACUUUAUAUUUGGAUGUACCAUCAAAUUUGAAAGAUGUUGAAAAUCAAGCUAUGUUUGUUGAACUCGAAAGAAGUCGCAAACAUGCAUACAUCAAUGCCGUGGUAUACGAAUGGUUGGUUAGGGCCAACUUAAAUCCCCAACUUAGAGGCUCUAUCACCCAUGGCAUGAUAAAGGAGAAAGCGGAAACCGCCAAACAGAUAAUCGGAUGUGAAGGAUUCAUGGCAGACAAUCGUUGGUUAAAUCGUUUUCGCGAGACUCAUUUGACAAACUUUGCAAAAAAGUUGGCCUCAAAUCAGUUAAAGCCGAUGGGACCUUCUUUGUGGAUUCCCGAUAUUGUUCAAGAUUUGCAACACUCUUUCCCGCCCACCAAUAUUGAGGGUCUAGACAGCUUUGAAAGUGUGCCCGAGCAAUAUAUUAACUAUAUGAAACAGUACGGCAAUUAUGAGGAAGACGAAGACACAGAUCAAGAUCAGUCAAUGAGUGGAUACAAAGAUGAUGAGGAUAGUCAGCCAGAUUCGAAAAUGCAGGCACAGGCAUAUUAUCAAAAUUACCAAAAUGGACAGAAUCAACAUCCAUCACAGUUUACAAACAACAAUGGCUUGAAUUCUUAUCGCUCGGAGGGUUCAGAGAGCCGCAGUUUUAGCACAUACGAUGAAUAUUACAGUGACAGGCAGCAGCAACAACAACAACCGAAUCGAAACAGCAGGCCACCAUCGCACUCAUCUGCUCAAAACGAUCCAAUGAGACCAAGAUCCAGUCUUCCCAACUUUUCAAAUGGGCAAGCUGCCAAACGACGUCUAUCAACAACAGAUAACGAUAGGAAUAUACCAAAUGGAAAACGAGCCACUCCAAUCAACAGCUCCCGAUCACAUUCGCCCGCGGGUGAAUUUGGUGAUAGAACAGCUAAUAACAACAAUGAUAUAGCUGAUAACAGUUUCAAAAUAAAAUUACCUUUGUCCAAUGGGAAUGCUAGAUCCACAUCAUCGCCCUCAAACUCGCAGCCUUCUAACAACCAAAACUCCCGCUCUAAUUCCCCCAAAUCUCAAACUGGCGAAGUUACAACGAAUGGCAACACUUCCCCCGCUCCUAGCUCAGCCACGAACAUUAGAGACUUGGAAACAUAUACGCAGGCUCUUGAGUAUUUGAAGCCUCUUGAAGACUUUGCCCUCUUUAGAGAGAAUUUCCGAGCCAUUGGUCUGAUAUCGCAACUGGAAGCCGUGUUAAGAAAAGGAAAUCGAGCAGCAGUGGUGGGGGAAAAUCAUGUCGUUUAAACGAACCACCAUCACCAUCUAGUUUUAGCAUAUUAAAAAAUAAAAAACAAGUAUUGUAAUUGUAUUUAUUGUUAAUUUGUUAAAAAAACGUUAACACUUAAGAAGUUAGUUAAAAACAAAAGAAGUAUUUAAACUAUUUAAAAUCAUAUUAUUUUAUAAUUUUUUUUUUAAUUAAAACAUAAAUUAGAACAUUUAAAUGUAUUUUUUUCACUACCAGAUCCUUAUGAAACAUAUUCGACUGAUAAAGUACUAUUCUCUAUGUUCUAAUAUAUUUGCGGAGAUGUAAUAUUAUUUUGUUUUUCGUUCCAAACGAGUAUUCUUGUAGAAAAAAAUAUGUUCCGCUUUUAAAACUCAAAGCAAUUGAUCAAAUAUUCCACUAAAAUACUCCUUUAGUCUUAAUACAUACAUGCUUCUUAUAGUCUUCACUAGGUAGAUUACCACAAAUGUACUGAAAUUCAAUUAAAUAAAAACAUACCAACUACUAAA